AUGAAGAAAUUGAAGGAAGCGGCCAGUUCCAGAUUGAAGAAGUCAAAUUCAAUAGCGGCCAGUAAGAAGAAGUUUGACGAUUCUGGUCGACCACGUCUUCUGAAGGCUGCCAACUAUUUGAACAUCAAGAGCCUGCUAGAUCUCACCUGUCAGAUUGCGGCUAACAUGAUCAAAGGAAAGACUCCAAAGGAGAUUCGCAAGACCUUCAAUAUCAAGAAUAACUUCACACCUGAAGAGGAGGAGGAGGUCAGGAGGGAGAUUGCUUGGGCCUUUGAGUAA